AUGGCGACUGCACUGACACACAAAACAGCCUUAUGCAUUAUACCACCAGAGAAUCUCUGGAAACCAAUUCAAUCGAUACGAUCGGCUCAUGAUAAAGCUUAUCCACGGUGGAUGCCGCAUAUCAACUUAAUUUAUCCAUUUGUACCAGAAACUGAAUUCGGACGGAUUAAAACUCAAUUAGACUCAAUUUUGAAUGCUAGCAAUACUUUUGAUAUUGAAUUCGAUGCAACAUCGUUUCAGUACUUUAAGCAAAAGAGUGAAUGUACAUUUCAUUUGCGACCGAAUGUAACUAAGCCUGUUUGUGAUCUUCAAAAACUGAUACAAGAUGAAUUAGUGAAAUCCUUACCAAUCAAUUCACGACCAUUUGAAGCUCAUUUAACGUUAGGUCAAACGACAACAUCGAGAAUAUCCGAUCUGCUGAUCGAAAUGAAAGCAAAAUGGCAAUCAAUGCGGGUACCAAUCGAUCGUGUCUAUCUAAUCAGCCGCGAAAACGAUCCCAACGAUUUAUUCUCCAUUAAAAGUCAAGUUCUCCUAAUUGGAAAUAAAAUCGAAGAGACGAAAGAAGAGAAACAAGAACAGCAACAGGUAAUUCCUAUCGAUACAAACACAUCUCAUCGGAUUAAACGAAAUAUUUCUUCAAAACUAUAUCUAUGUGUCGUUCCACCUGACGAAUUCUCUUCGCGUUUGAUGCAUUUAUUCGAAGAUACAUCCUUUCGUCCAUUGAAACCCUUUCGCAUCGUUCUCGCCGAAUAUGAAACAAAACCAAACGACUUAGAGUUACGCUUGAAAUUCAGUUCGAUCGACAAGUUUACAAUCCAUUUCGAGGCACGGUCGAUCUGCUUUAAUUAUUCUACUGCUCGUCUAUUUCUCAAACCGACUUCUCUCGAAGCAUUACGACAAUUCAAUCCCAGUAAUAACGAUCCGAACUUCGACGGAACCUUAACUUUGGGAGAAUUGGAUAAAGCUGACCUAACAGAUGUUGGAAAUCGCUUCACAGAAGCAUGGAAAUUGCAUACGAAUGAGUUCGAAGUAGCUUGGGUACAUUUAAUUGAUUCCGAUGGACGAUUUCAAUCGACAUUUCGCUUAAAAACUCAAUGUUUUUCUUAA